AUGCCUCGUAGUAGGAAACGAGCACUUUGUUCGGUCAUAUCAUUGCUGCUCAUUUCCAUUUUCUAUCUAAGUUCUCUUAAAAACAAGCAGAAAUCAAAGUUUUGGAAUAAGUGCUUAGAAAAACCGAUGAGAAGUCGGAAUAUCGUGUUUGGAAUUGAUGAGGAAAUCUCGGAAACUACACAUCUGUUUGAAAACGCAUGUAGAUACGUGUGGGUUGAGGAUGUGGAGCCAUCGAUGAAGAGCCAGAUCAGACUUCUACCGCCUGUGGUGUGUGAACCACUCAAGAACGAGCCGUUUGUUCGCGAUAUGGAUGGAUCAUUUUCGUGGCGAGACUCCGUCACAAUUAACAAUUGCACAGCUUCAAGAGUUUUCGGAGGUAUGAGAAGUACAAGGAGGGAAGUGAUAGAACACGAAGCAAGCCGCGAAAAAAUUGAGUAUGAUAAUUUCUACGUGAAUGCCGACGUCUUCUUUUUGACAUGUUACGAAAUCUCUGGGAUUAUUACAUUCAAAAAGAUCUACACCGGUAUUUAUGACAACGCCAAUUCAGCUCUCGUAAUUCAAGGUAGACCGAUAAAGCCUGUAUCGAGUGUGUUUGACAGGAAGAACAUGUCUAUAUCAAUUUUUGGAUUGGAUAGCACAGCUCGAGCUCAGCUCCACCGUCAUAUGCCGAAAACUGUGCUCCAAAUGCAGAAGAUGGGGUUUCUCACAUUCCAUGGAUACAACAAGGUUGGCGACAAUAGUGCAGUGAAUUUGAUACCAAUUCUGGCCGAACAAGUGAAAGAAGGUCUUCGGUUUCCUUAUUUCGAUAAGGAGAACGAUGUGAACACAGCAAGGUUUCUCCCAUCUGGGGUUGGUAUAGAUCCGGACACAAUUCCUUUCCUCUGGAAGAAAAUGAAAGAAAAAGGUUGUGUUACGAUGUUUAAUGACGACAUAAUGAACACAUUUCGAGGGUUAUUUCACUAUCCGAAAAAGAACUUCCUGCCAGGGUUCACCGUUCCUCCCACUCAACAUUAUUAUCGAGCGUAUUAUGUACAAAUUUAUUUGGGUCUUGAUGACGUGUGGAAGCACUGUUUUGAAGGUGAUUUCCUUCAGGAACAGUUCAUCGAUAUUUGGUAUCGCUUUAUGGCAACCUAUUCGGAUAGGUGCCAAUUCAGUUUCAGUUUUAUAACGAGCAUUACACACGAUCAACCGAACAAUCUUCAAUUGAUCGAUGAGGUGCUCAGUGAUCGACUACGACGCCUUGAGGAAUCUGGUGCAUUUAACAACACUCUUCUUAUUAUAAUGGGAGAUCACGGUAAUAGGGUAUCCGCCAUAAGUAGGACAUUUGCAGGAAAGAUUGAGGAGAGACAACCGCAAUUGUCAAUCCGUCCACCUCCCGAUUUCGCUAAUGCAUAUCCUGAAGCGAUGCGGAACCUUUACGACAACACACAAAGUUUUAUUUCCAAUUUUGACUUGCAUGAAACAUUGCUGGACAUAACUGAUGAUCGCUUCGGCACGAAGCGACCUGUCAAACGAGGAAUCAGUCUGUUCCAACCGAUCCCAAAAAAUAGGUCCUGUGUCGAUAACAAUGUGGUUCAAAAUUUUUGCCUUUGCAUGAUACCGGAGCCUGCAAAAGAGAAAUCGUCACUGAACUAUGUCGCGAUGAAGAUGUCAUUAUCAAAAUACAUGUCAAAAUUUAGCUGUCUCAAAACUAAUUCUAUUGAAUGUGAAAUGGAGGCAGAUAUCCGUGUUCCAAAUGUAAUGGUAAGGAAAAGAAUGAGAAAUAAAAUUGAAGUCCCAGAAGGGGAGAAGUUAAAAAGACGAUCGGAAUUUGAAUAUAUCUACCAGAACUGUACUUUACAAAGUGCUGCUGGGAACAUUCUGGACGUCACUGUACAGUACCGAUUCGACCGCGAAUCACAUUACGAUAUCGUCUAUCCGCCAAUGAUCACUGCACGCAGUGGAUCGUGCCGUGAUCGCAGGAACGCAUUCGCAUACUGCAGAUGUCUGGAGAAAAAACCUGGAAGGCAAUUUUAUCAUCCAAAGAAAAAUACUUACAUUUCGGUAUUGAAUUACAAAAUAAUAACCGUUACUUAUUCGCUCUGUAAGUACAUGUUUAUGUAG